CAUUAACGUCUGCACGAGAGGGGAAGGUUUGGUCACUGUUUGGGGAGACGCUCGUUGAAAACGGUUCACGUGGCCGCCACUGGAAGCAUACUUUCCUCCGGCACUCGAUGCACGUUCCGACUGCAGUGAGCAUGGAUCCGAUCCUGGACAAUCGGUUUUGUAGCAUAUCAUUUCCCUUUCCGGGCUUAAUACCAAGAUUAGGACAAGGGAGAAACCUGCAAUCGCAGGCUACAUUCAGCACGACCUCCGCCCGUUGUCACAGUGGAUCCAAACGUAGUUGGUCAGUGAGGGGGCGUUUGGUUUGCGGGACUACAAUGCUUACGGUGCCAUGAAUCGCAACCGCAGCGGCGAAGGGGUUGAUCUUCGCAUGGCCAUGGUACACGAAUGCCUUAAGUUUAAAGUAGUCCCGGCCAUUGUGCGGGCGCGAUGUUAGAAUUCAAUUGCGCGUCAAGAGAGUGAAGUGUUUACCUUAUGUUGCGCGGCGUACAUUCGCCAUGUCUGCACCAGCACCAAACUACCCUGACGCGGACCGAGGUGUCAGUCUUGCAGCUACAUACAUUACAGGAUGUGUAGUAUCACUGGUCUUUGUUGUCAUGCGGCUAUGCGCACGAUAUAGCAUAGCUGGCGUUGGGAUUGACGACUGGUUAAUGCUUGUUACCUGGAUCGCUUUCGUUCCAGUCACCGUCUUACUGUGCAUCCUCUGUGUCAAUGGAGGCACUCGCCAUCUCGCCUACCUUGCCGCCGACCCAGACAAGCUCGUCUGGUCUAUCAAAAUGAAUUGGAUCUCUCAACCCUUCGUCAUCUUCUGCCUCGGAACCGGAAAAGUUGCUGUCUCCUUCCUCAUCAUCCGCCUACUCAAUCGCGCCUCGAUCUGGCGCCGCUAUUCUCUUUACUUCGCCAGUGCUCUCACAGUCGCCAACACCAUCAUCAUGAUAGUCCUCACCUUCGCACAAUGCAGCACCCCCGCCGCACUCUGGGACCAGGAACUAAAAGAACGGACGAAGUGCUGGAACCCUCAAGUCCAAAGUAGCUUCAGCAUUUACGGAGCCGCCGUUCACACGGCAAUGGAUUUCUUCCUCGCCGGGCUUCCCAUCACCUUAGUGUGGGGACUACAGACAGACCUGAGGAAGAAGAUCGCCCUCUGUGCAUUACUGGGAUGUGGAGCAUUGACUGGAAUCUGUGCAGGCGUUAAAACGAGCAAACUCCUCUCGCUCAACGAGAGAUCAGACAUCACCUGGGAGACCGUCCCAUUAUUCAUGUGGUCAGGAAUCGAAAUCAUCCUCCUCAUCGUCUGCGGCUCCAUCCCCGCGCUCAAACCCAUCUACAGCAUUUGUCUGGGGAAGCGAUCAUUCACGUUGCGGUCGAGUCAGCGGAAUACAUUGAGUGCGAAGAAGAAUAACAAUUCGCGGCGAUCGUACAUCCGACAACGAGACGAUACUGAGGCUUCGCUUGGUCUCAACAAUGUCACACAGCCUUCGGCUGUGCAUGUUAGUCGAAUGUCGGAGGAUGAGAUUGCUAUGACUGGGAGGUUCGAUAAGGAGGGGACGAUACAAAUCACGAAGACUUUCGAUAUCCAGAGGGAUUGAUUCUUAUGUUAAGAGAUACAUGUAUGAUGUGUAAUUUUAGUUUCUACGAUAC